AUGACAAAAUUUGUUACAAAAAAGUCUCUAUUAUCAAAACCUGAUUUAGAAAAUAAAUGCGAGACAUUUAUUGCAAACUUCGAAUUUCAUUCUGGUCGUACUUUAGCUCAAAAAGGUAUUAAAAACGUAGAAUCUACAGUACAGUCUAUAUCAGCAACCACGCAUAGCUAUACAAUUCAACCGACUAUUUCGGCUGAUGGUAGAUUAUUAUCACCUCUUUUCAUAGUAUUAAAAGAAAUUACAGGAACAUUUGGUCCGAGAGUACAAGAAACAUUAUUCAACGCGCCUAAUAUCUUUGUUACGGCUUCAAAGUCAGGCAAAUUAACAUCAAAUCAUGUAAAAACUUGGCUAAAGGAAGUAUUUUUUCCGAAUGUCGGGCCACAAUCAGUAUUGUUGUUAGAUUCGUGGAGUGGACAUUGUCCUAACAUAGUUUCAGAAACUAAACCAGAUUCUGCAACAGAUAUUGUUUUCCUAACUAUUCCAGCCGGUACAACGGGAAAAAUACAGCCAUUAGACGUAUACGGAUUUCGAUUGUGGAAGAAUUUCAUUAAAUACUUUUCUGAUACUAUUAUGUUGUUAAAUCUGGCUUUAGAUCUUCAUAAUAGAAAUAAUAUCUUGAAAUUACAAUCAUUAACACACCAUAAAUUCUCGUCACCCAGGUUUCAAAAUAUAUUUAAAUAUGCGUGGACUAAAAGUGGGUACGUAGAGAAUGCAUACGAUGAAUACCUGCAAGUUAUACCGAUAGAAUUUGAAACACCAGUAGACUUUUGUUUUAAAAAGAAUUCUAAAGUAAAAUGCGAUCUUUGUGACGAAAUAGCCAUUAUAACUUGUUCUUGGUGUAGAAAAUCGCUUUGUAUAACACAUUUUUUCCACGAACAUCAUCUUUGUAAUGAAUAUGUGCCAUAAAUAUAAGACAUUUAUAAACAUGUUUGGUAAGAUUUUAGCAGUUUUCCUUACCCAUGCAAUAAAUAUUGGUAUUCUUUUAUUUCUGUUUAAUAAAAAUUUUAUAUUGGUAAAAUUA